AUGAGCACCUUUCCGUCAUGGAAGGAUCGCACCCAGAACCAGUUCGGCAAGCUCCAGAUCCAGAUGCCAUGGCGCUCCUUUCAGAUGCUCGUACCGCAUCGCAUGCGUCGCAAGAUCCGCUCAAAGCUUCGAAGUCGCUUAUCGCCAACCUCGUCUAUCUCGACUCUGCAGACCUCCUUCUCCCCCGUCGAUACGCUUCGUUCGCUCCAGUCCCAUCGCUGGACUAUGUAUGACUUCCAGUACCUACUUCUCCUUAUCCUCGGCUUCUUCUCCUUGACGGUCAUUCAAUCCCCUGGCCCGCUGGCGAAGACCUCGAUCGCGACUCUACUCCUAUUCUCCCUUCUCCUGCCGAUCACUCGACAGUUCUUCCUGCCAUUCCUGCCCGUCGCUGGUUGGCUUAUCUUCUUCUAUGCGUGCCAGUUCGUUCCUAGCGACUGGCGUCCCGCCAUUUGGGUCCGGGUCUUGCCCGCCAUGGAGAAUAUCCUCUAUGGUGCGAACAUCAGCAACAUUCUGUCUGCCCACCAAAAUGUGGUGCUCGAUGUGCUGGCUUGGAUCCCCUACGGUCUCUGCCACUACGGUGCUCCCUUUGUCGUCUCCCUGAUCCUGUUCAUCUUCGGACCUCCCGGAACGACCCCCCUCUUCGCCCGCACUCUCGGGUACAUCAGCAUGCUCGCUGUUACCGUUCAGCUGGUCUUCCCCUGCUCGCCCCCCUGGUAUGAGAACCUGUACGGUCUCGCCCCGGCCGACUACUCCAUGCAGGGUAACCCGGCUGGUCUCGCCCGUAUCGACAAGCUGUUGGGAAUUGACCUGUACACUUCGGGCUUCAAGCAGUCUCCGGUAGUCUUUGGCGCUUUCCCUUCGCUUCAUGCUGCGGAUUCCACCUUGGCCGCUCUGUUCAUGAGCCACGUCUUCCCUCGGCUGAAGCCUCUCUGGGUCACCUACACCCUCUGGAUGUGGUGGGCCACUAUGUACCUGUCUCACCACUACGCUGUGGAUCUGGUCUGCGGUGGUCUGCUCGCCACCGUGGCCUUCUACUUUGCCAAGACCCGCUUCCUCCCCCGUAUCCAGACCGACAAGACGUUCCGCUGGGACUAUGACUAUGUUGAGAUUGGUGACGCUUCUCGUGAAUUCGGGUACGACCUCGCCAGCUUGGACGGUGACUUCAACCUCGACAGCGAUGAGUGGACCGUGGGUUCUUCAUCCUCGGUCAGCUCAGGUUCACUGAGCCCCGUUGACGACCACUACACCUGGGAAGGUGAGACUCUGACUUCGAACCACGACCUCGAAGCCGGUCGCUGA